AUGCCUUCCUGCGGGGGCCCUGUUAUCAUCGUGGGCGGUGGACUCGCCGGUCUUGUUGCUGCCUCGGAGCUAAUCAAGCGCAAGAUCAAGGUAGUGAUCGUUGAUCAGGAAAAUGAGAAAAGCCUGGGCGGACAGGCCUACUGGUCCCUGGGUGGUCUUUUCUGCGUGGAUUCAACAGAACAACGCCGUAUGGGUAUCAAGGAUAGCCGCGAUCUUGCCAUGCAGGACUGGAUGAACUCUGCAGGCUUUGACCGAGGCGAAAAGGAGGAUUACUGGCCGCGCCGGUGGGCGGAGGCAUUUGUCAAUUUCGCUACUGAUGAAAUGGAAGACUUCGUGAAGCAGCGCGGGCUGAAAUUCGCCGGUGUGGAAUGGCUCGAAAGAGGCUGCGGCGAUGUCAAUGGACAUGGCAAUUCUGUCCCUCGAAUGCACCUUGCCUGGGGCAGUGGCCCUGAAGUCGUGCGCAUAUUUGCAGAACCGGUCAGGGCUGCCGCCAGGGACGGACUGGUGGAGUUCAAGUUCCGUCACCGUGUGGACGAGAUAAUUGUUGACGACAAGACCGGUGCUGCGCUGGGGGUCAAGGGCCAGACUCUGGAGCCCACAGAUGCCGACCGGGGCAUUGCUACAUCCCGCAAGACGACGGGCGGUUUCGAUAUCCGCGGAAAAGCGGUUCUAAUUGCAUCUGGCGGCAUCGGGGGCAACAUUGAAGCUAUCAGGAAGCACUGGCCGGCCGACCGUCUGGGUCCCCGAGUCCCCGAAUCGUUUGUCGUGGGAGUGCCGGCUCACGUCGACGGCCGGAUGAUCGGCAUCGCCAAAGCAUCUGGAGCAAACGUUAUCAACACUCACCGUAUGUGGCAUUACACUGAAGGUAUGCGUAAUUGGAAUCCCCUGUGGCCGAUGCAUGGGAUCCGAAUUAUCCCCGGUCCGUCCCCCCUAUGGCUGGAUGCCACUGGCACCAGGUUGCCGCCCUUUCUGUACCCAUGCGCGGACACUCUGGCCGCACUGAAGCACAUCUGCUCAACUGGAUAUGACUACUCGUGGUUUAUCGUCAACCGGGCAAUCAUCUCCCGCGAGUUCACACUGUCGGGUUCCGAGCAGAACCCCGACCUGACGCACAAGAGCAUCGCGCUUCUCCUCCAGCGAAUCUUCACAUCGGAAGGCACGGGUCCCGUGCAGAAUUUCAUGAAGCACGGCAAGGACUGGGUGAUCAGGGAUAGCCUGGAAGAGCUCGUGGAAGGCAUGAACCGUCUCGCGGAGGAAGAGCCAUGCGGUCCCAAAUUAGACUUCAACGAAGUGAGACGACAAGUCCACCUCCGCGAUGACCAGACUGAAAAUGAAUUCUGCAAAGACGGCCAGAUCAUGCUCAUCCACAACGCCAGGAGCUACUGGCCAGAUAAGCUGUCCGGCCGCAUCGCGAAACCAGGUAAGAUCCUGGACCCGAAGGACGGACCCCUGGUCGCGGUCAAGCUCCAUCUGCUCACGAGGAAGACUCUGGGCGGACUGGAAGCCGACUUGAACGGCAACGCCAUUCGCGCUGACGGAUCCCCUUUCCCCAAUCUCUUCUCUGCCGGGGAGGUCGCUGGCUUCGGUGGUGGCGGCGUCCAUGGAUACCGCGCUCUCGAGGGAGGCUUCUUGGGCGGGUGUAUCUUCUCUGGACUGAGGGCUGGUAAGGGGAUUGGGAACUUGGUGUCUGGUGGAUGA